UUUUUACCUCUUAAAACAGGGUGGAAUCAACUUCAGAACGUGUCAUGCGCGUACAGAGGGCGUCGUCUUCCGUUUUCAGCACCGAUGGGGUUUUCCAGCAACCUUAUUCAGACGUUCCGGACGCGCGAACGAAACCGGAUGCGAACGGUGGUGGUAGCGGCGUCGCGAAGACCACACGUGACCGCAAAAGCCCCACGAAACGAGAAAACGCCCGCUGUUUGGUGCUGUUGUUGUUGUUGUUCCACCGAGUUCUUUAAGUAACUUGAAACAGGAAGGUAAUAGAGAGAGUCUUUCGUUUUAUAUGCUGUACGUCGACGUCAUCGUAAUGACAUGAGCGAAAAAUGUGCUCAGAAUGAAGAGCCUCGUCGGUAUUAUGUGGAUAGUCCUCGUAUUAAUAUCAGGAUGUUCAGGAAACCCAGACGCGAAACGUCUUUACGACGACCUUCUUUCAAAUUACAACAAACUGGUGAGGCCCGUGGUCAACGUUACAGAUGCUUUAACCGUCAAAAUAAAACUAAAACUCUCCCAGCUCAUCGACGUCAACUUGAAAAAUCAAAUUAUGACUACGAAUCUUUGGGUGGAACAGUCUUGGUACGAUUACAAACUCAAAUGGGAUCCGAAAGAAUACGGGGGAGUCGAGAUGCUUCAUGUGCCAUCCGAUCACAUUUGGAGACCGGAUAUCGUCCUUUACAACAAUGCUGAUGGUAAUUUUGAAGUAACUUUAGCCACGAAGGCAACUUUAAAUUAUACGGGAAGGGUUGAAUGGAAACCGCCCGCGAUCUACAAGUCUUCCUGCGAAAUUGACGUCGAAUAUUUUCCAUUCGACGAGCAAACCUGCGUUAUGAAAUUCGGAUCGUGGACUUACGAUGGAUUUCAGGUAGAUCUGAGACACGUCGAUGAGGUGAAAGGUACGAACGUGGUGGAUAUCGGCGUCGAUCUCUCCGCAUUCUACACGUCCGUGGAAUGGGACAUCCUCGAGGUACCGGCCGUUAGGAAUGAAAAAUAUUAUACAUGUUGCGACGAACCCUACUUGGACAUCACGUUCAACAUCACAAUGAGGCGGAAAACACUAUUUUACACCGUCAACCUGAUCAUACCUUGUAUGGGCAUCUCGUUCCUCACCGUACUUGUGUUCUAUUUACCUUCAGACAGUGGAGAAAAAGUAAGUUUAUCAAUCUCCAUUCUGCUGUCGCUCACAGUGUUCUUCCUAUUAUUGGCCGAAAUCAUCCCGCCUACGUCACUGGUGGUGCCACUUUUAGGAAAAUUUGUAUUGUUUACCAUGAUUUUAGACACAUUUAGCAUAUGCGUUACCGUCGUUGUAUUAAAUGUCCAUUUCCGGUCACCACAAACUCAUACAAUGGCACCGUGGGUGCGACGCGUCUUCAUUCAUAUUCUGCCGCGACUCCUAGUAAUGCGAAGGCCUCACUAUCAACUUGAUAGGAGAAGUCAUCGAGUAAUGGUGCGAACUUGUAACGGUUUGGAGUUGAGAGAUCAUCUUUAUCCCGAUCCGAACGAAAUGAUUCUCGGUGAUGAUCCGUCGGGGUUAUUUCCAAGCGCUAGUUCUAGAGAUGAAUUAACACCGAGAGAAUUGGAGCCAGGCGCUUUAAGUGGUUGUAGAAUCCAUGGAACACCACCUCCAGGUGUUACCCUUGGACAUUUAAACGAAGUUUUAGGAGAAGAUUUAGGAAGUGAAUUAGCUGGGAAUAUAAAUAAUGGGGAUAUAUCUGGGAAUUUCUCAGGGAAUUCUGGAACUAUAGAUGGUGAUGGUUGCAAAGGGGAUCAUCCAUGGCAUCAUUGUCCGGAAGUUCAUAAAGCUAUUGAUGGUGUUAGAUUCAUUGCUGAUCAUACUAGGAGGGAAGAAGACUCUACAAGGGUGAAAGAAGAUUGGAAAUAUGUAGCGAUGGUUUUAGAUCGUUUAUUUCUUUGGAUAUUUACCUUAGCAGUUCUUGUUGGGACAGCGGGGAUAAUUCUUCAAGCUCCAACGUUGUACGAUGACAGGGUUCCAAUAGAUGUUCACCUUUCGGAGAUUGCUUCGACUGCAAAACCCCAUUUGGCACCACAAAAUAACCUAUAAAAAAUAAGUCUUCCUGUUUAGUUUGUUUUGGAGUUUGAAAAAACGUAAAAAUGUAAAACGAAGAAGUAAUAACAAAUAAAAUCUGCCAUAUAAAUA